CUGUUUGAAGUGAAUCUGGUGAUCUCCGCUCGCUCGCUUCCUGGGCGCUAAGUUUUGCAGGAGAGCUGAGAGUAGAGAAGAGAAGGAGACGGCGACAAAAUGGCGCAAAUCCCAAAUCUCGACAAUGCUCCCAUAAACCUCACCUCCAUAAGAGAUCAAUCGCAGAAGGAGCUCAUGAUGAUUUUGAAGAACAUUCGAGGGCAGAAGUGUUUGGUUAUUGAUCCUAAGCUCAGUGGUUCACUCUCACUUAUUGUGCAGAGCUCAAUACUCAAGGAGCUAGGGGCUGAAUUGCGGCACCUUACAAGUGAACCAAUCCAAACAGAUUGUACUAAAAUUGUUUAUCUUGUUCGAGCUCAGCUUGGCUUGAUGAAGAGUAUUUGCUCAGACAUUCAUAAUGAUACUUCUAAGGGGAUUCAAAGAGAGUAUUUUUUGUAUUUUGUUCCUCGCCGUGCAGUUGUAUGCGAAAAGGUACUAGAGGAAGAGAAAGUACAUCACUUAUUGACCAUAGGCGAGUAUCCCUUGUAUCUACUUCCUCUGGAUGAAGAUGUUUUGUCUUUUGAACUCGAUACUGCAUACAGAGAAUUCACAGUUGAUGGAGACACAACCUCUCUUUGGCAUAUAGCAAAAGCCAUUCACAAGCUUGAGUGUUCCUUUGGUGUAAUACCAAAUGUGAGAGCCAAAGGGAAAGCAUCUGUCCGUGUUGCUGACAUUUUAAAUAGGAUGCAAGAUGAAGAACCAGUGAACAUCACCGAUGUUGUUGUGCCAGAGAUUAACACUCUCAUCCUCAUUGACAGAGAGGUGGACAUGGUUACACCUAUGUGUUCCCAGUUAACUUAUGAAGGGCUAAUGGAUGAGUUUCUUGGUAUCAAUAAUGGUGCUGUGGAGGUAGAUUCUUCUAUAAUGGGUGCCCAGCAAGAGGGGAAGAAAAUGAAGGUUCCUCUAAAUUCUAGUGACAAGCUAUUCAAAGAGAUACGGGAUCAGAAUUUCGAAGUUGUCGGUCAGGUUUUACGUCAAAGAGCAACAUCUAUGAAACAAGAUUACAAUGAGAUGCAAACAACUAACCAAACUGUUUCUGAAUUGAAAGACUUCGUUAAAAAACUCAACUCAUUGCCUGAAAUGACAAGGCAUAUACAUCUUGCUCAGCAUUUGAAUAAAUUUACAUCUAAACCUUCAUUUCUUGGGCGGCUAGAUAUGGAACAUACUAUUGUGGAGUCUGAAAGUUACGAUAUAUGCUUCGAGUACAUCGAGGAGAUGAUCCAUAAACAGGAACCUCUUGUCAAUGUUCUACGCAUUCUCAUAUUAUUUUCGAUCACAAAUUCUGGAUUACCAAAGAAGAACUAUGACUACUUAAGGCGAGAGCUACUUCACAGCUAUGGUUUUGAGCACAUUGCUACAUUAAACAAUUUGGAAAAGGCGGGAUUGUUCAGGAAGCAGGAGUCAAAAAGCAACUGGAUAACUAUUAAACGUGCUCUUCAGCUUAUUGUGGAGGACACUGACACUGCCAACCCCAGAGAUAUUUCCUAUGUCUUUUCUGGAUAUGCACCUCUCAGCAUUCGCCUGGUUCAGCAUGCAAUCCGAUCUGGGUGGCGCCCCAUUGAAGAAAUAUUAAGACUGCUGCCAGGGCCCCAUUCAGACAGUAAGAGGAGUGGGUUUGCAAGCAAUCCGUCCUUUGACAGUCUGCCAGGGUCCAUAGACUACUCUGACAAAAUAGGUGAUGGAAGGCGGUCAUUGGUGCUUGUUGUUUUCAUUGGUGGGGUGACCUUUGCGGAGAUCAAUGCUCUUCGGUUCCUGAGUUCCCAGGAGGGGAUGCCAUAUGAUUUGAUUGUAUUGACUACAAAAAUAGUGAACGGGCACACAUUGACAGAAACAUUCAUGGAGAAAUUGGGGUGACUGGUAAAGAAGAGACUUUUUAGUGUGGCUUCUUCUUUGUUGUUUUGAUGACAUUGUUGUUUUUGGUAUGACCUUUCUUGCAACCAUUUUGUUUGGAGUGUGAUUGACUUUAAAAAAGCAGGGUUGAUAAAAAAUGACCUUGAUUGAGAAGGUGUAAAGGAGAAUUUCAGUUGGUACAAAAAAGAUGACCUUGGUAUAUAGGAGUAUGUUUUAAAAAAUUGGUUUAUGUAACCAGAUCUUUUAAAUCAGAA